CGUUCGCAUUGACCUGGCUUUGACGAUGCCGCCACUCGUGCCCAAGAAGUAUCAGUGGCCGCUCUUGACCCUUCUUGUGACCGGCGCUUUGCUCGGCGCGACCGAUGUCCUCACGUAUCGCAAAAUGAACGUUCUCAUGCACGCCACCGGCGCCCGACCCAAUGCGGCCGUCGCGUCCUUGCGCGCGACAACGGUCACGUCCAUUCCACCGCAUCCAACUGCGUCGAUCGCGAUGCAAGAGUUAGAAACGACUCGUCCCGUCUCGGACGACGAGCUCGUCACCCCAUCUCCGUCGGAGUCUGUCUCGAUUCCUCUGGCGGCGGAAUCAAACACCCCAGCACGUUUUGUGCCGCGCCAACUACGCGUCCUCACCUUGGCGGACAACCCGCGACCGGAAAUCUGCCUGACCGCGACGUCCGUGUUCCAAGCAGGCAUGGUGCUCCAAGUGCUGGCAUGGGACCACAGCACCGAGUUUUUUGAUCACACGAGCUGCGGCGACCCGUGCAAGCCAAACGCAGAGGGCGACUUUCGCGUCGGCCAGCAGAAAAAGGUGCACUGGCUGUCGCAUUUCUUUGAACACAACACGGAUCUCCACGACGACGACUUGAUCCUUUUCACGGACGCAUGGGACGUCGUGAUCCAGCGCGACCUGCGCGAGAUCACCAACGUGUUCUUGGCUCAAACCAACCACGAUCGCGGCGUUGUGUUCAACGGCGAGCCUGGAUGUGGCGACUCGUUCACGUUGCCAGGCAUGUACGGCGAUCAACUGCGCCACGGGUCUUUCGCCGUCCAGCUCGAGUCGACGUACCCCGCCCGCAUGAUCCAAGGCGACAACAUGUGCAACAUGAUUGCAGCCAAGACCUCCAUGAACUCGCUGUCCAAGGGGCCUAACUGGAGCCUCGGGUCCGGCGGGAUGCUUGGGGACGUGCGCAGCGUCCGCGCUUUUCUUCGGCGCGUCAACCAAGUGCACGCCGAGCAGUUGGACAAAUACUCGCGCCACGAGUCGCCAUUUUUCUUUUACGGCGACCAAAUUGCGUUCCAGUUGGCUUACGUUCGGUUCCCCGAGAUAAACGUCAAGGUCGACACAAGCGGCGACAUUUUCUUUGUCACGAGCUUCUUCGUCACGCCGGGUGACCUCGACCACUUUUCCCUCCACGGCGGGUGCGACGACGCGUACUUUGCCCACAACACGCCGUCCAAGCUCGCGUGGCAUGGCGGCACGCCGUUUUUUCUCCACUUUCCAGGCGGCUACAAACACUUGUACGCGACGUGUGCACCUCAAGUGGAGCACGCCGUUCGGGACCAAGCCCCGGGCAAGUACAUGUUUGAUGUCGACCGCCAGAAGAACGUGCUUGUCUCGUCCGUGUGCCCCAAUUACUCGUAGCCAUCGACAACUGGGCGAGUCCAUCGCCACCGCCGGGGAUGCCCGCCGAACCACGCCCCGUCCUGUCAUCGACUCGAGAGUGAGAAGUCGACCGCCUAGACGUGUGUAAAACACAACAGUGCAGCUCGAUAUGCGUGGUAGAGGUGUUGCAAUUGUGCG